AUGGAGCUGCUGCUGGGGCUGCUGCUGGGGCUGCUGGGGCUGCUGGGGCUGUACUGGGCCCGCGCCCUGCACCCCAGCUCCCCCGGGCGCCUGGCCCGUGCCCUCCACCCUGGGCCCCGCUGGCCUCCAGGCCCUCGGCCCCUGCCGCUCGUGGGGAAUCUGCACCUGCUGGACCUAGGUCAACUGGACCGCUCGCUGAUGGAGCUGGCAGAGCGGCACGGGGCGGUGUUCACAGUACACCUGGGCCUCCAGAAAACGGUGGUGCUGACGGGCAUCGAGGCGGUGCAGACCGCACUGACCGGCACAGGGCAGGAGCUGGCUGACCGGCCACCCAUCCCAAUUUUCCAGCUCAUUCAGGGAGGAAGGGGCAUCUUCUUCUCAUCUGGACCUCGCUGGAGGAUGGCCCGUCACUUCACUGUCCGGACCCUGCACCACCUGGGCAUGGGCCGGGCACCUGCUGACCACAAGGUCCUGACAGAACUGGAGUGGCUUGUAGAGCAGCUGGACAGCUAUGGGGGCCGGCCCUUCCCACUGGCCCAGCUCGGCUGGGCGCCCUGCAAUAUCACCUUCACCCUCCUCUUCGGCCAGCGGUUUGACUACCAAGACCCAGUGUUUGCCUCCCUGCUGACUCUAAUCGAUGAGGUCAUGGUCCUGCUGGGCUCCCCUCGCCUGCAGAUGUUCAACAUCUUCCCGUGGCUCGGAGCCCUGCUCCAGCUGCACCGGCCCGUCCAGCGCAAGAUUGAGGAAGUGCGUGCCAUCCUGGAGACACUCCUGGAGAUGCGGCGGAAGCACAUGCGCCAAGGGGGCCCAGUGCAGGGAUACGUGGACGCUCUGAUUCAGCAGGGCCAGGAGGGAGAUCCCCCUGGGCCGUUUUCCGAGGCUGAUAUGGUGGCCUGUACCCUGGACAUGGUCAUGGCUGGCACAGAGACCACCUCAGCCACGUUGCAGUGGGCUGUGCUCCUGAUGGGCCAGCACCCAGACAUACAGGGCCGCAUGCAGGCGGAGCUGGACCAUGUGCUGGGUCCCCGGACGCCCCGGGCCACUGACCAGGCAGCACUGCCCUACACCAGUGCAGUCCUGCACGAAGUCCAGCGGUACAUCACCCUCCUGCCGCACGUGCCGCGCUGCACUGCUGCCCCCACCAGGCUCGGCACCUACCUGCUCCCCAAGGGCACACCUGUCAUCCCUCUGCUGGCCUCUGUGCUCCUGGACAAGACGCAGUGGGAGACCCCUGACCAGUUCAACCCUGGCCACUUCCUGGACGUGGAUGGGCAGUUUGUGAAGCGGGCAGCCUUCCUGCCUUUCUCUGCAGGAGCCCGAGUGUGCAUAGGAGCGCGUCUGGCACGGACGGAGCUAUUUCUCUUCUUCACUGGCCUCUUCCAGCGAUUCCGCCUGCAGCCCCCACCCGGUGUCCCCCUGGCCUCCCUGGACACUGCCCCUGCCCCAGCCUUCACCAUGCGGCCCCCUGCCCAGACCCUGUGUGCGGUGCGUCGCAGGCGCUGA